UUUUUUUUUUUUUUUUUGUGCGUGUGUGAUUAAUUAUGGCUUCAGAGUCACCUAUUGCUCAGGUGCCUGAACCAGAAGAUGGUAGUACUUUAAACAACGAAGAAGUCAUUUAUCAAGCCCAACCACAAUUAUCCCAAGAUGACUUUGAUGACUUUGACAAUCACGACGCCAUUCCGCAAAAGUUAAAACUCGACUUGAGAGGAACUCGUAUGGAACUAGACCGAGAAAUAUUGAUCAAUUUACCAGAGAGCCUCUUGAUUGCCAUGUUUCCAAAUGGCCUUGUAUUAGCACGACCACCUGAGGAAUAUAACGAUGAAGACGAAGAUUAUGAUGGUCUCUCUAAUCACUCAUUAGGUGUAGAUGAGCAGGUUCAUGUCGUCGACUUUGAUCCAGCUAGUUUGAAUUUCGUCUUAAAGUUUUAUUCCUAUGCAGCCAAAGUCCGAGACGAGAAUCAACAGGACGCUGAUCUUCAACGUUUGUUGACGACCUCUGCAGCCACUUCACCAGUUUAUUACACACUCUUGACGAAGCAGCCUAUCAUUGUAUUACGUGAAGAACUCGAGUACUUUUGUCUUCCAACCCAAAAGAAGCAAGAUAUCAAACAUCUCAAGUUGGAAGCAGGUCAAUACUUGAAAAAGCAUGACCACAUCUUUGACGCUUUGCAGAAGAAUAUUUCGAGAGAAAAUAAUAUCGCAGAGCAACAUUUGAUCGACAUGUUGUGUGAUGCUGGUUUCCAAAGAGACGACCGAUGGGGGUACCGUGAAAUCGAGCCAAUGCGAACAAUCAUUGUUAGUAUGGCACUGGUCUUAUUGAAGACAAUUGGUCCAGAUAAUCAUAUGGCUACUGCUCAAAAACUCUUUUUGUUUUGGAGGAAGCCUGCGAGAAAGUGCUGGUGGGAUGGUAUUUCAAUCGAAUUAAAAGGAGAACCCAUUCGACUAUGGGCAAGAAGAACUUGGACAUUAGAACUUGCAUUAGUUUAACAUCCCUCUAUUUUAUCUUAUUCUUUACUAAUACUUUAUUCCUUGUACCUUUAUUGUUUGAUGUAUACCAAAAUCAUUUAAAUAGUAUUCUUUAUAUUUCCUCCUUCUUCUUCUUCAUCCCAUUUUUUCUAUCACAAUAAUUGUUUUUAUAUAAAG